UCGGGAUGUACGUGGAACUAUAGUAAUACUGGCGGAAGACGAGAGCUCACUCGGAUAAGAGACCGGUUUAAGGCAAGUGGAAUCGAUACACAGACAAACGAAUAACAAGAUCCGGAUUAGUGUUCUUUUGAAAGUUUAAAGGACAAAUAUGUUAUUCUGUCCUCGCCGACGUUUAGCUACCUUAUGAUUUUUUGAAGUAAGCAAAUGCUUUGAGAAACGUAGCUAGGUUGAUUUUAUUUUGAAGGACUGGCGAUUCAAUAUUGACUAUUGAAUAGGAAUAGGACACUGGUGUGGACGAGAUUUAUAGGCUAACUGGGGCGACGGAAUCAUCAGUGGGUCAUAUAGUUCCAGACGUUUUGGCUUGACAGAGACGCCGAGUCCCGAAGAUGAUUCUGCAAAGACCGGUUUUCUGAUAAACCCAGUGGACAGAAAACCGAAGAGCUAAGCACCUUAUAGGAAGAAGAAAGAGAAGAGGCAAACUGUGCAAGAGGCCAGGAGGGAGGGGCAUCUCCACACACUGCGACCAUGGCUUCCAGGGACCGGCGGUCCGACCUGCACAUCAAGGCGGAGCCCAGCAGCCCGGAGGGCGGCGGCGGUGGGCGGGCCAGCCCGGGGGGCGCCUCCUCGGACUCCUCCCAUAGCGGCGGUGGGGGCAACCGGGGCGAGAGCGCCGGGCGCUACUCCCCGCCCCUCAGCACCCCGCCCCUGCGCUGCCACUUCAAGGAGGAGGGCGGGGACGGGGGGGAGGAGGGCUCGACGGGGAGUGGCGGCGGCCGGUGCAAGUACGCUCUGAGCACGCUCCCCAAGCGGCUGUGCCUGGUGUGCGGGGACGUGGCGUCGGGCUACCACUACGGCGUGGCCUCCUGCGAGGCCUGCAAGGCCUUCUUCAAGAGGACCAUCCAGGGUAACAUCGAGUACAGCUGUCCGGCGUCCAACGAGUGCGAGAUCACCAAGAGACGGCGGAAGGCCUGCCAAGCCUGCCGCUUCACCAAGUGCCUGAAAGUGGGCAUGCUCAAAGAGGGUGUGCGUCUGGACCGGGUGAGAGGGGGCAGACAGAAGUAUAAGAGGCGCCCGGAAGUGGAGACCGCGUCCUACCAGCCUCCCUCACUCCCUCUGAAGAAAGAGGGCGACCGAGGUUCCUCCAACAUCAUCGUGUCCCACCUGCUGGUGGCCGAGCCGGAGAAGCUGUUCGCCAUGCCGGACCCCCUGCAGCCGGACACCGCCCUGCGCACGCUCACCACGCUCUGCGACCUGGCCGACCGCGAGCUCGUCGUCAUCAUCGGCUGGGCCAAGCACAUCCCCGGCUUCCUGUCCCUGUCCCUGGCAGACCAGAUGUCUGUGCUGCAGUCGGUGUGGCUGGAGGUGCUGGUGCUGGGGGUGGCGUUCCGCUCGCUGGGCUGCGAGGACGAGGUAGUCUUCGCCGAGGACUUCGUCCUGGACGAGGAGAUGUCCCGCCUGGCCGGCCUCACCGAGCUCAACGGCGCCAUCAGCCAGCUGGCCCGCCGCUACCGAGCGCUGCAGCUGGACCGCGAGGAGUUUGUCAUGCUCAAAGCCAUCGCCCUCACCAACUCAGACUCAGUGUACAUCGAGGACAUGGAGGCGGUGCAGAAGUUGCGGGACCUGCUGCACCAGGCCCUGCUGGAACUGGAGUCUCAGCGGCGGCCGGAGGACCCCCGGCGGGCCGGCCGGCUCCUGCUCACCCUCCCCCUCCUCCGGCAGACCGCCGGCCGCGCCCUCACCACCUUCUACGGCAUCAAGACCCGCGGAGGCGUCCCCAUGCACAAGCUCUUCCUGGAGAUGCUGGAGGCCAUGAUGGACUCGCCAUAGGGAGGGGAGGGAGAGAUGGAAAGAAAAAGGGAAGGAUGUGUAAGAAAAAGAGAGCAGGAGAGGGAUUGGGUGGGGGGGGGGGCAGAUGGGGGUUAGGCCUGACGUCAGAGUUAGAGGAACAGGAAGUCGAGAGCCAGUUUGCAGGAAACAGAUUGAGAGUUUUAGGACUGACUGUGGCGUUUUGGGGAGCAAAAGGACAGGAAGGGCCGACAGUAACUGAAGCUGUUUUGGACAUUUGGAUGCCGUAUUCCUGACCGAAGACGGAAGAAGAAAAGAGAAUUUUCGAAGAUGUGUACUGUUAUAAUAUGUCCUUAUGAAGUGGCACUGGGGAGAAUGCCAGUGGUGGAGAUGGCCUGUGUUGGCUUGUAUUAUUUAAACCAUCAAGGACUGAGGUCAGAGAGAGAAACACACACUGACUCUCCAGGUAACCGUAUCCACCUCAGUAAGCCAGGAGAGCGUGUGUGUAUGCGUGUGUACAAGAACACAUAUAAAGGCAUAGAAAUGUUACUUUGAGGAAAUACUUAUUCAAAAAAAAAAAAAUUCAUCCAGACAGCUAUUUUUUUCCACAGUAGAAAAUUGUUACCCAGUAUAACCGACUCCGCUGUAACUUAAAGAGUAUAUAAGUAGUUAGCAUUAGGUUAGCGUAUUUCUGUCUCCACUGUUGAAGCCGGCAGGACGAGAUUGCGCUUCUUGUCAGGUACAAGAAGGCGAGCGGAACGACAGAGUGACAGGAGCGAUGCAUAACCAGAUUAAAAUGACAGCAGGCAGGAAAGUGACUUUGAUAAGAGAGAAUGUACUUUUAAAGAAUUUAACUGCGCCCGGGCUGCCACUGCUGGAUGGUCUGGGACCAUGCGCCACGGCGGGGGAGAAGACACCCUUUUGUCACGUACGGUGGGGCAGCUGACUGCUGGGUGAUGGAUCGGGAGCAGGAACGCCAGCCACUGAGGAAAAGGACCGCCGGGGUGACGUGGGAAAGACGGCGAAUCCCAAAGAAGAUGGAGGGAGACGAGAGGGACGUGAUUUCCCCCCUCCCCAGUUACCUACAGACUUAAAAAAAAAAAAAAACUAAGCAAAAAGCCAUACAGGAAUGCCUGAUGCCCCCUGUGAACUUUGUAAGCCCUGUAAGCUCUUUGAUCUGAGUGAAGGGGUCCACUGGGGGGGGUAAGAAAUGGAAAAGUGUGGAAUGCGGGGGCUGUGGAAGUGGAGACUAUCUGUGCAGUCAUGCAUAAUCACACUCACAUACGCACACAGCACACUCACAGACACACAGGGACCUGGACACACGCAAGCUAGCGUGCGUUCGGUCACAAACAUGCGCCUUUACAUUUAAAUACAUAUUAGUAGACUAGCAGCGGGAGCUCACAAUUAUUGUAUGACAAACCAUUUGAAACUAAUGUUACUACAUAUUAGCGAGAGGUCAUAUAGCAUGUAGACAGUUGGUACUGGCCCUUUUUCCGCCUGUGUAGAUUUUGAAAACAGAAUGUGUACUUCAUCUGAAAAUCUCCAUCUUUGCAGUGGAGAUCGGAGUAGUUUUAACAGCAGUGCAUUUUACUAGCAUAAAGUAAGUGAGCUUCAUCUUGUCUUUUCAAAGGAUAGGCUGGAAUUAAUAAUGCGUUACUAGUGAAAUUCUAAACUGCCCCCAAAAGUGAGAGUAUAUCAAAAUUCGUGAAAUGUAAUUUAAUACAUUUAUUUGCGAUAGUGUUUCAGAUAUUUAUACUGUUUCUAGUUACCAGGCCAACAGUGACGCCAUUGCAUCUUGUGCAUACUUCGCAGCCUUUUUAGAAACUCACAACAAAUUCUUAUUUGACAGGUGUAAAACUGAAUUUUUUUUCUUCUUUCUUUUCUGCAGCAUUUAAAACAUUCAAACAAGUUUGAUCCUAAAAUCACCCUCACUUUAAUGAACGCACAAAUACACAUGCGCUUACACUUAAAAUACACAUGCACAGAUAGACACUUGCAGAAUGAUACACUAAAUACACGGAAAUGCAGCUCUAAUUGUACAGUUGGACACAUUCACAUGCAUAUGAAAACAAAAUGGCUAGAAUAACAACCGCUACCUUCAGGAUCAAAAAAGCAAUAUGUGACUCACUGUAACACGGCGAGUAGUAAUAAUAGCCUAAUAAUAAUUACAGUAAUAGCAAUCACAAUGUUGCCAGCACCACACGCUAUACAGUGCGUUCUGGGCUGAUUGGUCUUGCAGCGUUGAGAACAUAGAUUAUUUAAUGUUAAUCCAUUAUAGCCAGUGGGUAAUAAGACUGUUUUAAGACUGGGAUUUACUAUAGUUGUACAAAGGAGAUGCUAAAGGGGAAACGUUUUAUCAAGAUUGUCACCGUAGACAAUGUUUUGUAUAUGCAGGUAUAAGAUUUAACUUUCUAUUUAUACUUUUGAAUGACUCAGACUGUUGAGACAUGGGUUGCGCAUGUCUGUAAUAAGUGUGUGGGUGUUCAUACUGAGUUCACUGGAAUUGUGUGGGCGUAUUGGAGUCAGUGAUAGUGUGUCUAAAAUCAGAAAAGCUAGUUUGGCAUGGCAAUGGAGGACAUCCAAACUGAAAAAUUACAUAGGAGUGAAGAAACCCUCGAAUGGUUUUUUAAAAAAAUGAAUCAAACUAAGUCAAAGGACAUGGGGAAAAUCAGAUGAAACUGUUGAAUCACCAAUCACAUUGUUACCACGGCAAUGGCAUAACACUGGUGACGGCACUAGACAUCAUGUAUUAGUUUGUUCUUGCUGGGGAAAGACUCAUAUAGAGGCUCUUUAAUGUUCUGAUUCUUUGUGAAUUUUUGCCCAUCGGACGAAAUCUGUUUAUUAUUUUCUGUGAUGAGGAGAAAAAAGUGGCCACAGGGGCAUUUGUAAUGAUCAUCUUGCCCUCAUUAACUGGCAAAUAAAUGCCACUGUGUAACUUAAAUACCUGGACAGGAACUCAACUAGACCUCUGCCUCUCUGUGAAAGGAGAACCCACAUCCACCUCUGUUUGGUUUUGAUCGACAUGUUCAAGUUUGGAUUGACAUGUUCAAGUUUGGAUUGACAUGUUCAAGUUAGCCAUUUGACACGGACAAAACAGACAAAAAACUGUCGCUGUGCGCGACUACAGGAGUUCUGAAGUUGGCCAGAGGACGGAGACGGUUUUUUUAAUUUGUGGUUUUCUGGGCCGUUUACAAUUACUCGAGCGGACUUCUGUGCAUUCCCAGCCCAUUCAGAGACAAACAGCUGUUCAUUGAUACUUGUUAACUUUAGUAAGAGGCCAAUUCAUGUUCUAAUAAUGUUGUAAUACUGUAUGUAAAUGUACAGUAUUAAACAUUAUCCAUACCCUAGCUGCUUAAUGCAGUUACUCAAGACAGGAAUUGCGGAGGCUAUGGCAAUGUGUGUGUGCGUGGAUGCAUGUAUGAUUUUGUGUGUGUGUGUGUUGCAGAUGGUGUGUCACAGAAUGUAUUUGGCCAGAUCUUUGCACCAGGAUGAACUGGACGUGCUGGACUCUGCCUCCAUUCACUCAAUGAUUGCCACCAAAAACUCACUCACUUGGCUGACUGCCUAGCAGAAUAUUUGUUGAUACUUUCAAAAUAACCUUACACAUUGCUGUGCAUUAAAAAUGCACUGAAACUGGGGGAAAGCCUGCCCCCAAAGGUUUACAUUAUUGACCUCUGAAACACAAAAAUGCAUUUCUGCUCAGACCCCACCCAGCCCUCUUGUUGUCUCUUCACCCAUACUUAAUCAGCCACAAUUUGGAUGUGUGAGUGAUAAUUGCUUUUAUUUCUAGACUGGAGGCCUUCUUGACUUUUAGUCAUUUCUAGACACGUGAAUUAUUUGCACGUGUGUUUGGGGGUUGGUUUUGAAGUGAAUCCAUUUUAGGGCAUGAAUGUAUUUUUGAAAUUUACUUUUUAAGCUUUUUAAGUGUGUGUUUGUGUGUGUGUUUUGUUUUAGUUUAUAAUUUAUCAUUUUUAAAUAAUUUUGUAUUAAAAUAAAAAGGUAAGCCAGGGAUCAAUGAUGCUUGAAUCAAAUUAUAUUUCAUUUCCACGCUGUACUUGCAAUUGUUUCACCUCAGCAUCUCCAUCUAGUGGUUAGAGGUAGUAAAACACCCUUCAUGCUCUGAAUACAAGAAUAGCGGGUAUGCCAUAUGGAACUUAACUGUACUUUUUAUUAUUAUUUAUUUGGCAAUAAACAAACGUAUCUUUUUCACAGCUGUGCCGUUUAGUGUUACACAGACAGAUUUCGCACCAUUUUUUGGAUUGAGGGUCAGGAUAUGUAAUGUAGGGUUGUUUAAUUAUUACCCUACUGUAUUUCAAAUAGCAAGAAUUGCUAAAAACAAUGCAGUUUCCAUGUCAUGUGUAUGUGGCAUUAUCUUCAAGUGGGAAGCAUCUUUUUUGUGCACAGGGGUUAAAGUGAAUGCUAUUCAGUGGUAGAAUGGGAUAUUUAAAAUGUAUAGAUACAUGGGUUCCUGGGUCCAUUCAAAGGAAGUUGUAAAAAAAUAAUAAUAAAGUAUGUUUGUAUAAAAAAAUUAUAUUAAUAAUGUUAACAAUGGUGUUUUCAUAAUGUCAACUAAUGCCAUUUUUGUCUGUCAAAGGUAGUUAAGAUGAACAUAAUUUAGAAGGGAUAUGUCAACAAUGUGGUUUGUUUGUUCAUGAGUAUUUAUGUAAAUGAGCAAUACCAGAAAUAACCAAAACAAAUUUCCUUCAUAGCCACAUAAAAUGUAAAUGGGAACUUACAGUAAUAAUAAUCUAGAAUAGUAAUAAUAGAUGUAACACAAUGGCGAAAAUUUAAGAAAAUCAGUAUUUGUAUUUAAAGAAUAUUGUAUUUAAAAAAAGAUUAAAUUCUAUUUUUUACUCAAUCUGCUUACAAUGGUUAAUAUUUUAUUGUUCUGUUGUGUGUGAGUCCAAGAGGCUCAGUCAGUAGUGUCUUUGUGUGCCGUUUGUAGAUAAGACUAGUUUCUUGUGAAUAUGUCUGAACAUUUUGUUGCUCACAUUAAAUCGGUGUGGAAAAAACAUUGCUCCAAAAAUGAGAAAACUAGGCAAAUUUUAAUUAGAUACAUUGUUGUUUUUGUUUUGUUUUUGUAAUAAAUAGACACGCCAUCACACA